CACCGUCUCAUUCCCGAGGGCUCGCGUCUAGCCUGCGUCGCCGGCGGCGAUGCUGCGGUCGGCGCUGCGCCGGGGAGGGGCCGCCGUGAGGCACGCCUCCGCGUCGGCGGCGGCGGCGGAGGGGAGCUCUCCGGGUGCGCUCCUCCGGCGGAAAGUGGUGGAGCGGGAGCGCGCGAGGCGGCGGCCGCGGGACCCGUCGCGCGACGAGUUCUUCGUGCCGACGCCGGAGUCGCUGGCGUGGCUCGACUCGGCGUCCCUCCCCAUGGUGCUCACCGCCGCCGCCGUCGCGCUCUUCACCAAGCUACUCAUGAUGGAACAUGAUGCAACAGAUCAAGAAAGGGGAGAGCGGAAGAUAAAGAAUAGCCACCCUGAUCAAGGAAAAGUGAGGAUGCUUAGUCGUGAAGAAUGGGAUGAGAUCCAAGAAGUCAGGCCAAGGACCCCUUUUGAAUCGAAGUUAGCUCGGCCGCAUGCCCGUAUACGAACUGGGGAACCAGUACGGCUGGAGAAUGUCAAGGAUUGGGCUACUGAUAUGAUCAUGGAUGCUUUUACUAGAGCAGAAGAAAGUGCUAAGAAAAAAUAAUUCAAAAGAAACCGACAACUCUAAAUACGUCUGCUUUGAGGUUCUCCUGAAUGCAGAGUUGAUUAACUUUUAAUUUUCUGUUCCUGUAAAUGGCCACUUUUGUGUGAGUCAUGAUAGCUAUGUUGAAUAAUGUUUCUGGACUUGCACAAAGCUGCCCACCAAGCAGUUCAUGUGUGAUUGUUUUUUUUUUCAUGGAAAACCCAAACGACAUAUUUAUAAAAGAUAACAAUUUAU